CGGCUUCCUCCGCCGUUGGCGUUGCGUUGCUUUCCAGCUGCCUGCAUUCUUCCAGCGUCUUCCUCCCGCGCUUCCUUGCAAAAAAAAACAACAAACCCCACAAACCCACCAUGAUGAAGAAUUACCGGAACACGUCUAGCACCGUCCGCAGUUUUAGCAGCCGGUCUUACACGCCUGGUCCCGUUGCCAGCUCUCGGAUCAGCACCUCUUACUCCUCCUCCUCCGCCCUCGGGGGCGGCAGGUAUAGCGUUGGGGGGGGCAGCUUCCGCGGAGCUUCUCCGGGGAGCAUGGGGGGCAUCACGGCGGUCAGCGUCAACAAGAGCCUGCUGGCCCCGCUCAACUUGGAAGUCGACCACGCCAUGCAGCAAGUGAGAACCAAGGAGAAAGAAGAGAUUAAGGUCCUCAACAACAAGUUUGCCAACUUGAUUGAUAAGGUUCGCUUCCUAGAACAGCAGAACAAGAUGCUGGAAACCAAAUGGAGCCUCUUGCAGAAUCAGAAGACUACACGGAGCAACAUGGACAGUAUGUUUGAGGCCUACAUCAACAACUUACGCCGGCAGCUGGAAAACUUGGGUCAGGAGAGGGCAAGGCUGGGUGCUGAGUUGGGAAACAUGCAAGGCCUGGUGGAAGAAUUCAAGAGCAAAUAUGAAGAUGAAAUCAACCAUCGUACUGAAAAGGAGAAUGAGUUUGUCCUCCUGAAGAAGGAUGUGGAUGAGGCUUACAUGAACAAGGUUGAAUUGGAAUCCCGCCUGGAAUGUCUGACGGACGAGAUCAACUUCCUGAGGCACCUUUAUGAUGAGGAGCUGCGUGUCCUGCAGUCUCAAAUCAGCGACACCUCUGUGGUGGUGUCCAUGGACAACAACCGCAGCCUGGACUUGGAAGGCAUCAUUGCUGAAGUCAGGGCUCAGUAUGAAGAAGUUGCUAACAGGAGCCGGGCUGAGGCAGAGAGGACAUACCAGAUCAAGUAUGAAGAGCUCCAGACCAUGGCAGGCAAGCAUGGGGAUGACCUCCGCAGCACCAAGAAUGAAAUCAAUGAACUGAAUCGAAUGAUAACCCGGAUGCAGUCAGAAAUUGAUGGUUUGAAAGGCCAGCGUGCAAGCUUGGAAGCGGCAAUCACUGAAGCAGAGGAGCGUGGGGAGCUGGCCGUGAAGGAUGCCAACAACAAGCUGGCCGAAUUGGAUGGUGCCUUGCAGCGAGCCAAACAAGACAUGGCUCGUCAGCUGCGGGAUUAUCAGGAGCUGCUGAACACCAAGCUGGCCCUGGAUAUAGAGAUUGCCACCUACAGGAAGCUGCUGGAAGGAGAGGAGUUCAGACUGGAAUCUGGAAUGCAGAAUCUCAGCAUUCAGACCAAGACAACUGGUUAUUCAGGUGGCCUGAGCAGCAGCUACGGCAAUUACGGAGGUGGCUACGGCUCUUCCUACUCAAGCGGUGGAUAUUCCAUAAAUACAUUGCCCAUGGAGAGUUCGGCCGUCAGCACCAAGACCAAGGCUAUUGUCAUCAAGAAGAUCGAGACCCGCGAUGGAAAGCUGGUGUCUGAAUCCUCCGAUGUGCUGUCAAACUAGCUCUGUGGGGGUCUUGAGCAAUGGAACCACUCACGGUUUUAAAAGUGCCUGAAUCCAAUAAGCCUUACCUAAUUUAGCUAAGAAGAUGAGCCACAGGUUAGAAGAGAGGGAAGAAAUGCCUUUGUUCUCUUGCCGAACUUUGUUUUUUUUUCUCUAGAAGGAAGAAUUUAUGUUUGUCAGAUACUGGUGGACUACAGCUCCCAUCAGCCCUUUCCUGGCCAUGCUGGAGGAGGCUGGUGGGACUUGGGAGUCCAGCUGCAACUGGGAAGUCCACAGCUGCUUUUAGAAAACCACAAACCAUUGCCACUGACUUGCAUGAGAUGUGAUCAGGGAGGAAAAAGACACUUGCUCUCCCUCAAGGGAUCUCAUGGUUUUGACACUUUCCCAUCAGUAGAGGGGCAGCUGUUGAAAAGAAGGCAGGAAACCGACUUUCCCAAGCUAGGAUUAGCAAGAAGUAUUAACUCUUUUUAGACCACUGUAUGUAGAGAUGGACACCUCAAGAAUUGGUUUGUAGUUUUCACAUCGUUUAAAAGCUGCCCUGUUGUAUUAUUCACCCCUCUUGCUGUUUGGCAUAGCGUUUAGGUCAAAUUUUCAAUCAAAACAAAGGCUUGGAAACAUUUUAUUUUGAAGGAUGGGGAUUUUGAAAAAUCCACCCAAGUCUUAACACUGGAGACAGCAAUUCUCACACUAGCUAUCUAAAGAAGAUGGGAGCUUUGCAGUGCACCCGAUUGGGAUGCUAGGAAGAGGAGGGUAAAGUGGGAGCCGAGUUGGGCAGAAGCACAAAGCAAGCUAGUUCCAUGAAGAUUUUUUUUUAAGAACUUCACAUUGUUUUCAUUUUAUUUGAAAUAAAAAGGUUUUCUUCCAAUCUUUGAUAUUAAAUGA